AUUAAACUUUUUGAAUGCAUUUUGCAGUAAUGACCAGCAGGUGACGCUUUAGAGUAGAUAUUUUGAAACGUUAGGCACCAGAUUGAUCUUCACUUCGAAAUUCGAACUCUGGUGUUGCAACAAUACAGUUCCCCAAGCAAUCGCUACGCUACUUCGGAGCCAUUUCUUCUUAUAGCAAGCGGACGGUAAAUAACGUUAAUUUGACAUUUUAUGGACUAGAUGCGAUAUUCAGCAGCUUUGAAUUUACCUAACCUUAAUUUAUACCAAAUAAAUAAGCUAUAAUAUGUUUUUUCAACAGUAGCUUACUGUAAACUUAAGCUGACAGUUCUUUUAUAUAUUAUGCUAUGAAUUAAUAAUGUCAUCUCCCAUAAUGAAAAAAAUUAACAUGAACACAUGUUUUUGCAACUGCAGUAGGCUGACUGUUAUGCAUUAUAAUAAUGUUAUUACAUUAUAGUCCAGUACUCACUUAUGAAGUGUUGAUCCAUGUUCCCAGAUAGAUAUGUCUGCCCUUGCCUCCUUAUUGUCAAUUAUUCUGUAAAAUUGCUACAACAAUGAAGGGAAUGUAACCCAAAGGCUUAUCAUCAUACUAUUUUUCAUCAUACUUCUCUCUGUUUUGACUACUGACAGGUGUCAGUUAUGCGGUACUGCAGCACACGUGGCGGUGUUCAGGGUUGGGACUUUCAGGAUGUUUUGUUCUCGGGAUAUGCUCCAGACGGGGGGAUGUUCAUGCCUGAGACCCUCCCCACCCUGAGCCCUGAUACCCUGAGGUCCUGGAGCUCCCUGUCCUACCCCCAGCUAGUGACGGAGGUCUGCUCCCAGUUCAUACCUACAGAGCUGAUCCCUCGAGCAGACCUGGAGGGUGAGACCUGGAGGGUUUGGGUAGCUGAGUGACACGUUGAUGGACUGAUUGAUGGUUCGAAAAUAUGGUACAGUUAGGUGUAAAGUGAAGAGGGUUUGGCACAUGUGGGUCUUUUCACAUCCGGGUGUAUAUCAAAAUGAAGCAACUCAGUUCAUGUCCCUUCCUCAUCCCUUCUCCUUCACUCUCACUCUUUUGUGUGAUCCUUCUGCCCAUUUCACUCUCUCAAUCUCACUCAAUCUCACUCUUUCACACCCCUCUCUUCUCUCUCUCUCCCAUCCCUCUCCUGUCUCUCUCUCUCCAUCCCUUCCCCCAGGCCUGGUGUGUGCGGCCCUGUCUGGGUUCUCCGUGCCGGGGGUGGUGAGCCUGGCCAGGAUGAAGGGGGGGCUGUGUGUGCUGGAACUCUUCCACGGUGAGACCCUGGCCUUCAAGGACCUGGCCAUGACCUUGCACCGUGCGCUUCCUCGACUACUUCCUGCGCAAGGAAAGCCGCCGCGCCAUUGUAGUCGUGGGUGAGAAGGGGCACUUGGGGCAUCAUUUGGUGUGUUUACAUGUUUAGUUACAUGCUAGGUCUAUUAUGUUUAUGUACAGUAUAUUCAAUCUUACGUGUCUUAAUAAUGUCCUCCUAUCCUCUUCCCUCUCCCACGCUGCGGCCUACCUUCCCAGGCACGUCCGGGGACACAGGUGGUUCAGCCAUCCAAAGUGCGAGAGGCCUUAGUGGGGUAGACGUUGUAGUGGUGUACCCCCGGGGCCGCAUAACCGCUGUGCAGGAGAAACAGAUGAUCACCUGCCUGGAGGACAACAUCCAUGUGUUUGCAGGUUAGAGAGAUGGCCAGAUAGUAUGAGAGGGCAAUAGUCUAAAGUGGCUUCCUUUCCUUGCCCCUUCUUUGAUAGUGAGAGAUGAUGGCAAUAUGAUGGAAAUGUCCAAGCCAUAUCAUGGGAAAAUAUAGGAGUUUUAGCCUUCAAUAAUAAUGAUCUUACCUUAACCUGUGAUAAGAUGGUAUCACCUCCCGAGUGGCGCAGUGGUCUAAGGCACUGCAUCGCAGUGCUAGCUGUGCCACUAGACAUCCUGGUUUGAAUCCAGGCUCUGUCGUAGCCGGCCGCGACCGGGAGACCAAUUGGCCCAGCGUCGUCCAGGGUAGGGGAGGGAAUGGCCGGCAGGGAUGUAGCUCAGUUGGUAGAGCAUGGCGUUUGCAAUGCCAGGGUUGUGGGUUUGAUUCCCACGGGGGGCCAGUAUGAAAAAAAUAAUGUAUGCACUCACUAACUGUAAGUCGCUCUGGAUAAGAGUGUCUGCUAAAUUACUAAAAUGUAAAUGUAUCAUUGGUAUGAUAACACGAUUCUCAUCUUUCUCCCCUGCACUUAUAGCGGAUGGCAGUUCUGAUGACAUCGACGUGCCCAUCCGUCGACUGUUUUCAGACCAGGAGCUGGUGAAACAACACAGCCUGAUGAGUCUCAACUCAGUCAACUGGUCUCGUGUCAUGGUGCAGCUGGCACACUUCCUUUAUGCCUACCUGCAUGUGAGCGGGCUGGAGCAGGCAGAGACGGGGGCACCCCUACCCAUCUUGGAGAUGGUAGUGCCCACAGGGGGGGCGGGGAAUAUCGCCGGUGAGAAAUAUUACCAUGCCACAGUGUUUCUACAACUUUUUCCCAUUAGUGCCCCUUUUUUUAUAUAUAUUUUUUAUUAGAAAUAUAUUGAUAUUUCUUCAAUAUUUUUUUGCUCAAAGAGGAAAAUAAACUAAGCCGUUUGAGAGUAUUGGAACAUAGCUCAUGUUUUUCUCUGUUUUUCCUUUUUUCUCUCCUCUCUUCAUUCUUUGUCCGUCUCUCUGUUCCCUCUCUCAGCCGGCUGCAUUGUGAAGCAGAUGGGGAUACCGCUGUGCCUCGUUGCCAUGACGAACGCUAAUGACAUAGUGCACAGGACGGUGCAGACCGGUGACUUUUCCAUGGCAACCAAUGUCACGCAGACCAUGGCCCCGGCUAUAGACAUUCAGGUGCGCGAUGGCUCGCCACUUUGUUUAAGGUUUAAGAAGUGUGUGUGUGUACUGUGGCUAACACUGUGCUCUCACCCCAGGACCCCUAUAACAUGGAGCGUGUGUUCUGGCUGCUGUCUGGUAGAGAUGGAGCACUGGUAAAGGGCAUGAUGGAGGAGUUUCAGCACUCUCACAGACACACUCUGCCUGAAGCUCUCCACAAACAGGUCAGACGCAUGAAUACAUAAUUGACAUGUUCUUGUAGAAAGAUAAGUGCCCAGUACCGUUGGUUGUUUAAUGUUUUCUCUCAAAUCACCACACACCACAUAUCCUUAUCCCCCCUCCUCUUGACAUCUCAGUCAACUAGACAGGUCCUACAGGCCUUAGUUUUGUCGCACCUGGACUACUGCCCAGUUGUGUGGUCAGGUGCGGCAAAGAACGACAUAGGCAAAUUGAAGUUGGUCCAGAACAGAGCAGCACGUAUUGCACUUAGAUGUACACGGAGGGCGAAUGUCAAUAACAUCCAUGUCAAUUUCUCCUUGCUGAAAGUUGAGGAGAGAUUGACUGCAUCACUAUUGGUCUUUGUGCCAGGUGUUGAUGUGUUGAAGGUACCGAACUGUCUGUUCUGUGACAUGAUGAGGUUGGACCCAGGAGCAGAGAAUAGACCAAACGAGGAAUCAGUGGUAAAAGUAAACAUAAAUACUUUACUGAGCAUAGGGAACAGCAGGAUUACAGUAACGCUGAGAAAACAACAAACACUAGGACUAGAGAACAUACUCAGGAGGCAAACACACAUGACAAACGAAUCAAGCUACUGCAAAGGGAAACAGAAAACCCACCUCUCUUAAAGGGGAACUCAUAAUUAGAAAAUAGAAAAUACCUGAGUGUCAUAAUAGUCUCUAGGAUGGUCUCUGUCACCCUCUGGUGACAGGUAGAACCAUGACAGUACCCCCCCUUCUAGAAGCCGCUCCAGCCGCGGAGCCAGGGCGACCACCACAGAGUUGGGGGGGGGCAAACCCGAACUGACACUCAAACGGUGACAGUCCAGUGGAUGAGUUCGGCAGUGUGUUGUGAGUAUACUCCGCCCAGACGAGGAACUUGCUCCAGUUGACGACCUGAGAAGAGACAAAACAGCGGAGGAACUUUUCCAGCUCCUGGUUGACCCGCUCAGUCUGCACAUUCGACUGUGGGUGGAACCCGAGGAGAGACUCACUGACGCCCCCAACAGGGUGCAGAAAGCUUUCCAAUACUGCGCCACGAACUGGGGCCCACAAUCCGAGACAAUGUCCUGGGGAAGUCUGUGUAUUCGAAAGACAUCAAGAGAUUAGUAAUCAAGAGAUUAGCGGUCUCCCUCGCUGAGGGCAACUUGGGCAAAGCAAUGAAAUGGGCUGCUUUGGAGAACCGAUCUACGACCACCAGUAUAGUGGUCAGCCCUUGGGAAGGAGGUAACCAUGUGAUAAAGUCUACAGACAGGUGGGACCAGGGCCGGCUGGGGAUGGGCAGAGGUUGGAGCAAUCCAGCCAGUCGUGAAGAUUUACUUUGGGCACAGGUGGAGCAGGCCGUCACGAAGGACCUCACAUCCUCAGUCAUGUUGGGCCACCAGUCAUGUUGGGCCACCCGUCGUACCGCUCGGGGGCAGGGAUCUUGGGUUCCCGGUGCAGGUUCCCUGGAGGAACUAUGGCGACACCUGUAGUACUGGGCGAUGAGACUUGGCCAUUGGCUCCUCCUGGGUUGGGGUUGGGCCGUGGUAGGAGGGAAUCGGUAUGUGCCCGAAGGGUCUCAGAUAUCAAAAUCAAAUCAAAUCAAAUCAAAUCAAAUUUUAUUGGUCACAUGCGCCGAAUACAACAGGUGCAGACAUUACAGUGAAAUGCUUACUUACAGCCCUUAACCAACAGUGCAUUUAUUUUAAACAAAAAAGUAAGAAUAAAACAACAACAAAAAAGUGUUGAGAAAAAAAGAGCAGAAGUAAAAAAUAAAGUGACAGUAGGGAGGCUAUAUAUACAAUAGAAUAAAGUGACAGUAGGGAGGCUAUAUAUACAGGGGGGUACCGUUGCAUAGUCAAUGUGCGGGGGCACCGGCUAGUUGAGGUAGUUGAGGUAAUAUGUACAUGUGGGUAGAGUUAAAGUGACUAUGCAUAAAUACUUAACAGAGUAGCAGCAGCGUAAAAAGGAUGGGGUGGGGGGGCAGUGCAAAUAGUCCGGGUAGCCAUGAUUAGCUGUUCAGGAGUCUUAUGGCUUGGGGGUAGAAGCUGUUGAGAAGUCUUUUGGACCUAGACUUGGCACUCCGGUACCGCUUGCCGUGCGGUAGCAGAGAGAACAGUCUAUGACUAGGGUGACUGGAGUCUUUGACAAUUUUGAGGGCCUUCCUCUGACACCGCCUGGUAUAGAGGUCCUGGAUGGCAGGGAGCUUUGCCCCAGUGAUGUACUGGGCCGUACGCACUACCCUCUGUAGUGCCUUGCGGUCAGAGGCCAAGCAGUUGCCAUACCAGGCGGUGAUGCAACCAGUCAGGAUGCUCUCGAUGGUGCAGCUGUAGAAUUUUUUGAGGAUCUGAGGACCCAUGCCAAAUCUUUUUAGUCUCCUGAGGGGGAAUAGGCUUUGUCGUGCCCUCUUCAUUUGGGAGGUUGUUCUUGCUGCCGUCCCAACAGUGCUCCUUGGUGGGUUAUAACAUUCUUGAUGAGGGUGAUCUCUGCUGGGUCCAUGUUGGGGGCAGUAGCUUGCUGUGACAUGAUGAGAUUGGACCCAGGAGCAGAGAAUAAACCAAACAAGGAAUCAGUGGUAAAAGUAAACACUUUACUGAGAAUAGGUAACAGCAGGAUUACAGUAACGCUGAGAAAACAACAAACACUAGGACUAGAGAACUUACUCAGGAGGCAAACACACAUGACAAACGAAUCAAGCUACUGCAAAGGGAAACAGAAAACCCACUUCUCUUAAUGCGGAACACAUAAUUAGAAAAUAGAAAACAUUUUAGUGUUAUAAUGGUCUCUAGGAUGGUCUCUGUCACCCUCUGGUGACAGGUGGAACCAUGACAUGUUCAAGCAGUUGGCACACAGUUCGGACACUCAUCGGUACCACACAAGAUAUGUAACCAGAGGUCUCUUCACAGUCCCCAGGUCCAGAACAGACGCUGGGAAACGCACAGUAUUAAAUAGGGCCAUGACUACAUGGAACUCUCUGCCACCCCAGGUAACUCAAGCUAGCAAUAAAAUCUGGGGAAAAAACGGAUAAAAGAACACCUUACGGCACGACGGGGACUGUGAAGUGAAACACAGACAUUUAUGUAUUUUGUAUUGUAUUUUGCGUUGAUAUGUGAUGCGUGGUUGUCUCGCCUGGCUAUCUUGAGAUGAAUGCACUAGCUGUGGGUUGCUCUGGAUGGGAACAUCUGCUAAAUGACUAAAUUGGGAUGUAAAUGUAGUGCUGAGUGUACAAAACAUUAAGAACACCUGCUCUUUCCAUGACAUAGACUGACCAGGUGAAUCCAGGUGAAAGCUAUGAUCCCUUAUUGACGUUACUUGUUAAAUCCACUUCAAUCAGUGUAGAUGAAGGGGAGGAGACAGGUUAAGGAAGGAUUUUUAAGCCUUGAGACAAUUGACACAUUCAUUGUGUAUGUGUGCCAUUCAGAGGGUGAAUGGGCAAGACAAAAUAUUUAAGUGCCUUUGAACGGGGAAUGGUAGUCAAUAACUGCAACGCUGCUGGGUUUUUCACGCUCAACAGUUUCCCGUGUGUAUCAAGAAUGGUCCACCACCCAAAGGACAUCCAGCCAGCUUGACACAACUGUGGGAAGCAUUGGAGUCAACAUGGGCCAGCAUCCCUGUGGAACGCUUUUGACACCUUCCCCGAUGAAUUGAGGCUGUUCUGACGGCAAAAGGAGGGUGGGGGGUGUAACUCAAUAUUAGGAAGGUGUUUUUAAUGUUUUGUACACUAAAAUACAUAUUAUACAGUGGAUAAUAUGUAUUUUAUAUGUUGUUGUGAUAUUUGUUUGGACCGCAGGAAGAGUAGCCGCUGCCUCGGCAGCAGCUAAUUGGGGAUCCUAAUAAAUACUACUAAUACUACUCCUCCCCUCCUCUCUCUGUCUCCAGUUGUCUCAGGUCCUCACAGCAGGUGCAGUAAGCGAUGAGGGGAUAGUGGAGACCAUGCAGAGAUGCUGGAAGGAGAACCAGUAUCUACUAUGUCCCCACACUGCAGUGGCUGUGUGGCAUCACUACAACUGUCCCCCCACUGCAGGGGUCAACAGGUAAGAGACACAGACACACACACACACACACACUUUUAGUAUUUUACAGAAUAAACACAUUUCUUAGUUGCAGGUUCAAUAAUUUACAUAAUGCAUCAUGGCUGCAUACCGAAUACCGCUGGCUAGCUCACAAUUUUACACCCAUUCCCCUGUCUAGGUGUUGCAUAGCAACAGCCUCUCCAGCCAAGUUCCAGGCGGCGGUGCAGAAGGCGGGGCUGACCCUUGAUCUCCCUGAGGCAUUGCGGGCCCUGGACAAGAUGUCCACUCGCUACCUGGCCCUGGAGCGGGGCCAGGACUGGGACAAGGACUGGGAGGGCAGGCUGAAGCAACACAUCCAGGCUAUAGGCUCAGCCAGGCAACGUGGAGUGGCCUACUACUCAACUGUGGAGUGUAACUAGUUAUUUAAGAAAUGAGGCUUAUGGAUGCGCAGUGAUAACUCAGAUGGAACUGUUAACAGGCAUUUGCCAUGUAUUAUCAGAAAUAACUAACAUUUAUUAACCAAUCAGAUUGUUUUAUAAAGUGGAUAAUAGGCCACUUACUGCUAAUACCAGCAAUAAUAUGCCCACAGUUAGAUUUGUUAUUUACUGUCUUGAAGAGAGCAGUUUUAUAUGAUCAUAUAUUGUUACAAUAAAAGAAGAUUGUUUAUUGUAUACAUUUGAUCAGAAUUCAGAUCAAAUGGUGUAAUUGUCAAAUGGUGUGUUUUGCAAUCGAACCUCUGGACAGUUUAUUGCCUGACCAUAAAUGUUGACAAUAAAAGUUGCAGAGGCAAUCAUGUGUGCAGGAGUAAUUACAGUAUAUGAUUAGAACUGAGCUAUGAUUCGGUUUUUAUUCCCAUCACUACAUGUAAGAGAGACAGUGUCGUGGUGUGCACGAUGCCUGUCAAUAUUGCCUUAAGAAAUUGCCUGUGUACCAUAGGCUUUAGCAUUCAAUUCAGAAGACUUAGGGCCAUAGGUUUAUAUGGGUCACAUGGGUUUCUCUCACAAUUGAUUAACAAGCUGUUGGUUUGUAUUGUACAUCUAUGGAUAAGACAUUUUACAGCCAGCACCCCUGACCUAUUGUACUCUCAGGCAGCUGAGAGGGACUUUGGUCUCAUAAAGAUGAUGUCAGAGGUUGUAUGACUCAGCUCUGUUCCUGCUCUGUUUACGCAUCGUAAGGUAAGACACAUAUACAGUACACACAUAAACACAAAAACUCAUCCAUAAUGUUUACAUAUUUCAGCAGCAUCUCGUGGUGAGUUUUAGUGUGUGUGUGUGUGUUUUGGUAUUGGAAAUACUUGAGACCCGAGUUGACUUUAAACAUGCAACAGUGACUAACUAGACAGUUAUGUUUUUGUACAGUAAGCUUUAUUUGUCUCAGAGCACAAGCCAUUACACAAGCAGUUACAAGCAAAAACUCAGAUUUUACGUCUAUAUCUAUCUGCUAUAGAAAAUGUAUGUACAUACUGCAGGUAUGCCUCUGACAUUGAAAGAUGUUACAGAUUUCUUUACACUGUCCUUCAACUCAGGACUGUCCCUGAAAACCCCUAGAGGCUGUUUUAUUGGUGGACUCUGUGGGGAGGGGUGUGGCUAAUCAUGUGCAGUAGCUUCAUCAGCAGAUCGUUGUCAUGGCUACUGCUCUCUGAUUGGCUUAUGUAUUCGGCAGCUUCGUCCUCAAAACAGGAUUGGUCAAUACUACAACCCUCUAAAAGAGAAAAGGUACAAAUAGACAAUCUGUCACACAACUGUAACCUACAAUAUCAAACUGAAUCCAGGUGAACUCACAAGCAAUACAGUUAAUUUGUACAGUUUUACCAUUGACUUUGGCCAAUGGCUAUACAACACCACAUUUAUUCCUGAACUCUUAAUAAGUGAUCUUGGAACAAAUAGUUAGCUAGCUGACAAUAAGAAUGUAUUCAAUACCACAAGAGCUUGGCACAUGCUAUUAACAAUUAAAUGGUCUAUUGAAAUUGCCACAACGAGCAAUAAAUAGAAAAACAAACCCUACUGCAUGCAAGGCUUUUUGCUAUUUUGCAGAAUCAUUCAGUAUGGAUAGAAACAGUUGCUAUACAGGAACACAGGAGAGUAGUCUUGGUCUUACCCACGUCACAGCAAAUCCCUGGCGCAGCACAACGUCGCUCUUCAGAGCCACACAAUCUUCCUCCGGCCUCACAGGGAGAGGGCAGGUAGUUCUCCUCCACACAACCAGCUGCCUCUGGGGAGCCCACGUAGCAGCCCAUCCCCUCCCCACAGCAGAUACUGGGGCCAAAGCAGCGGCCCCUGUCCCCGGGGCCACACGACAUGCACUGGAAAGAUAAUAGGAAACAUAAAGUUACAUUGUUUUUAUAGAUAAAAGUGAUUUACUUAUAGAAAAGGGAAGUGGUUUUAAGCUUUGUGGUUAACAAAAAACCCAGUAAAAUACAAUAUACAAUAUUGACAUACAAUAACCUUUGACUUAAAUGUGCAAUCCCAACCCUUCGAAGCUAAGAGGCAAGCCUCUAUGGCAGGCAGCCACCAAUCUAACUCUAUAACAGACACACAGUUACAAUAAACAGUAACAAAGUGGAACUGCUGAGAAUGACUGGGUACCUUUCUGGAUGGGAAGUCUAGUGCUGAUCUCUUGCCUCCUAUGGGGCAGUUGGAGAUGUAGCAGGCAGUGCACACAGAUAGCAGGAACAGCAGACAGAGGGCGGACACUGGGGCGCCAGACAUUGCCACUGAGAAAGAAUAAAAAAAAUAGAUUUAAGUUUGUCAAAAGUGGAUGCGUCUCGUCUCAGGAUAGAUAUAAGAUAGUAAGAUGAAUCAUAGUCUAUUUUUGCAAUAGUUUUUGCAAACGUCUGUUACAAAAACAUUUCCUGCAAUUAUGUUUUUAAAGAUAAAAUCGAUUUAAAAGAUUGUCAGAGAAAAUACAUACCGUUUGAGACACAAAAUGACACACUCACUGUGUUGAAGUUGAGGCUUUGGUGAUGAUGAUCUGCAAAUUUGUCGAUGGUUGAUCGUCUUUGUUUAUGGUCCUUGCCAUGAAAAGGUACCUUUUAUACCUCUUGCUCUUUCUCUUAGGCUGUGACAGGGCCUCAAAACCACCAAUUAAGUCCAAUCAAGCCAUUAUUACACUGGUAUUAAUUACGUGACCUGAUUAGUAGAGGGGAAUGGACAUUGAGAUGGACAAGAAAAGGGCAUAUCAGACGUGACCAUGCAUAAGAGGUAUGGAUGGUCUGGUUAGUCUUACUGUGUCCUCAAACACUGAUAUGAGUUCAUCUUUCCAUAGUUCUACGCUACAUUCUUAAAAAUGUUUUUUUUUUAGUCAUUUUAGCAGACACUCUUAUCCAGAGCAACUUACAGUUAGUGAGUGCAUACAUUUUCAUACUGGUCCCCCGUGGGAAUCGAACCCACAACCCUGGCGUUGCAAGCGCCAUGCUCUACCAACUGAGCUACACAGGACUGUAUGAACAACAAUGGUAGGAGGGAGGGGGGAUGGAAAGGGUAAGACAGGAGCUAUUACUUCAGAGCUGUUUGUGUGUGUGUGUGUGUGUGUGUGUGUGUGUGUAUGUGUUUGUGUGUGAGAGAGAGAGAGAGAGAGAGAGAGAGAGAGAGAGAGAGAGAGAGAGAGAGAGAGAGAGAGAGAGAGAGAGAGGGAGAGAGACUUGUUUGAGUCUCUGUGUGUGUAUGACUUAACUCGGCCUGUAUAGGCUAUGUAACAACUAAUAGGAAAAAAUAACUUUUGAUAAAUAAAUGACUCAAGGGAUGACUAAAAUGUUUUCAUUGUCCUCAGAGGGUAAUGCAUUAAUAAUAAGAGCACAGUUGACCUUGACCUCAUCAUGUUAAUCAUGUAUUUCUCAUUAUGUUUUAACCUGAACAGAUCCUAUGAAUUUAACUCAAGUCAUUAUCUGGACAGUGUUAUUUCCACCCCAACUUAAUUUUUCGAAUUACACUAAUUAUUACUCAGUCCAUCUAAUGGAAAAACGUAAAUUGAACGUCAUAGGCCUACAUGAUAAUGCUGAAGAAUGGACAUUGAGAAAGGCACAUUUUGAAGGCCCUAGUGGCCAUAUUCUAAUGCAUCUAAUAAUAAUUAUAAUAAUAAUAAUAAUAGCUCAUAUCUUACUUAUAUUUUUGAAAAAAUAUGCUACAGACCAUGAAGAACUAUUAAUUAAUGAAUUAAAAUGUAACACAUUCAUCAAUUUGUAAAAUAUUACAAUGUAUCCGUGUAUAAAAUAGCUUUGAUGAAAGGGUACACCACAGUUGAGAUUUGGCGUGUCAAAAAUAGAUUUGAUUUCUGACAACCGACAGAGAACCAUGCUCCUCCCCGGUUGACUGUCGACUCCACCUGCCCACUAGUGAUAGGCAUUCCGAGUCUUUUCGGUGAGCCGGCUCAUUUGGCUUCGUUCUUUUAUAAGAGCCGGCUCAUUUCGCUACCAAACGGCUCUUCGUGUAAAAUGCUUAAAGAUGGACCUAGAACCAUGAAAACAAAUUGCAAAUCUCCAAUGUAAAGCCAAAAGGGUAGGCUACCAGUAUGACAGCUCGUGAAAUGCGCGUUCAAAUACAUUUUUAUCUGGCCAAUUUACUAAAUGGCCUCAGUGGUUUAGUGGAGGGUAUACGCAGGUAUAUGCCAUAUACCAACGUAUUUCUUAAUCCCCACUGAUACAUACCAAUUUAGUGUAGUGGAGGUAUACGCCGUUUCAAUUAAUAAGGCUGAUGGAACAGAUCAGAAUGUUUAGCUUAGAAUGUUGAUAGGCUAUUAUUUCUUUACAUUUUAGGCGCAGCAAUGUACCGACGACGGCAGGUCUUCGCGUGAAUGUUCCGAAAUGCAAUUUGCGGAAAGAAGCCGUUCUAAAAUGUGCACCGCACAUGCGAGCGGUUACAUGGACAGAGAUGGAAAUAUCCGUUAGAAAUGUAGAAAGAGGGGGGAUUUGAAUAUGCAACAACUAUCAUGGGUUGCUAAUAUGACUAGGAUAAUGUAUUUGGCUGCUAGACCAUGAAAGAAAUUUGAAAGAAAAUCAAUAGGACAGGAGAAAGCAUAUGAGUAGGCCUAAAUCUUUAUAAAAAUAAUUGCCUCCACGUUUCUAUGGUGGGAUUUUGGCUAUAGGCUACUUUUAAGUAAGGUAGGACAUGCCUGAUAAUAUGAAGUAAAACGUCCAGGUUUCAAACAAUUAAGGAAUAGAAAAAUAUAGCAACGCUAAUGAUAGGCCUUUCCCAAAAUCCUUCUCUAUUAAAUGUUAACUACAGUAGCUACAAAGUAGGCUAUGCCUACCUGUCAGAAUAUCAUAGUUAUUUGUGUCAAUCCAGUAGCCAUUUAUUUAGCAAACUCCAACUCAUGCUACAGAAACACUGCUAACCAAACAACAGUGCAAGGUGACUGCGCACUUGAAUUAAAGGGUAACUACACUAAAAAAUCAAAACAAUUUAUAUUUUUUCCAGACCUCAAAAGUGGACUUAGAACAGUGUUUCCCAACCCUGGUCCUCGAGUACCCCCAACAGUACACAUUUUUGUUGUAGCCCUGGACAACCACACCUCAUUCAGCUCAUUGAAGGCUUGAUGAUUAGUUGACAAGUUGAAUCAGAUGUGCUUGUCCAGGGUUACAAUAAAACAUUGAACUGUUGGGGGUACUCCAGGACCAGGGUUGGGAAACACUGACUUAGAACAUAAAAGGGUGUUGUCUUUCUGUUCAAAAAGUGUGACUGUGAGAGUGAAAACCUGAAAAAAUGAGGAUAAACCUGUGUUUUUUUUUUUUUAUACAUUUAUCUGUUUCAAUGGUAGUCAUACUAUAAGCCUACUUGCACAGUACAGCUUGGGUUGGCCUGACUGUGAAAGACCAAUAUGGGAUUUAUCAUUUUAGGUCAUUCAGAGUGUAGGCUAUGUAGGUGCCUUUCCGUCGCCGGGCGCUGCGUUUGGAAAAAUUUGAGUAUACCUACUUCUCCAGGCACCACUAUACCACUGGAUGGCCUGUUUUUUUUUAGGCACUCAAAAGAUCAGCUUGUGGUAUCUGCAGUGAGGAUUCACCUUCUUUUUAUAAUAAUUUUGUAACUUAUCUGCAGAAAACGUUGUUUUGUGCUCAAAAAGCAGUAGUAGCAGUAUGCAAAUCACGGAGCCAAAUUAACGGAUCUUUCACCGAUUGUAUUCGGCUCCCGACGUUCACCAAAAAUAUCCGUUCAAAAAGAGCCGUUCGUUCGCGAAUGACCCAUCACUACAGCCCCGGGUGAGUCGGACAAACAUGGCGGCGGUUCGGUAGAUGAAGAGCGGACGACGAGCACUAUUUUAUUAAUGUCAACAGUCACGGAUAAACCAGAGGUCGAGAAGAACCGAAGAGAGUAUAGUGGAAAACGGAAACAUUGUAUCCGCGUAUUAUUCUGUUUCUUCCAAGAAAUGUCAAACAGGUUUGUGUGCAACAACAGUGAGCAGUAGAACGCUUCACUAACAGCGCAGCGGAGUGUUAUUUUGCUGGACAUCCUGAGCCUUGUUUGUAAUUUUAGUUGACUCCAGAGAAAUGUGUGGGAGGUAAGAUGUCAAUGGCAUUUGACAACGUGGUUCUAUUGUUGUUUUCGUCCAAGUUGGCUUAAUUCUAUUUCUCUCCUAUCGUGCAUGUGUGUCACUGUCAGCUGACACGUCGUUCCUGGCAGGUCGAUACUCGACUUGGGAGAUGGGGCAGUAAACUAAUGGAGAUAAGGAGAAAAGAGAAUGAAUACUCACAGGAGGAGUUAUUGUUGGACGACUGAUACAGGUGUUGUCACCCCUAGUUUCUAAUGACCAAAUGCAGUAUCAAUAUCAGUCUAUUGUCAUGGCCAUACAGUUCUCAUAUAUGGUUUCACAUUGUUUUGUGUGAUGCAUUUGAACAUAAUGCCAAAUUGUUAUAUGCCAAUAUUUUGUUGGCAUGAUAGUAAAUAAUAUAUAUACAUUUUUUAAAGUACUAGUCAUUGUUGGCUAUAACAUGUUUAUAACAUGUGAUGUCCGGCAUCCAGUGUUCUUUGUUAUUGUCUACUGUAAGCCCCAGGCUGACACUAGACCCCUCCCACAUGUGAUUCAUACAUGAUGUUGAACAUUACUAAUCGUCUCCCCCCUCAACCUCCCCUCCUCACCCCAUCUUUCCCCAUGGAUGGACUCCCCUCAUGCGAUGAGCUCUAAUGUUUUCCCCAUAGCCCAUUCUAGCCCUCUGUGUAUUCUUUGUUUCUGUAUGCAGUCCUAUGUCAGUGUACUCAAUAAACAUAGGUAAGUGUCAAGCAGGCAGGUUAGGCUACUGGUAACCAUGGACCAUCAGAAGAUACACUAUAUAUACAAAAGUAUGUGGACACCCCUUCAAAUUAGUGGAUUCAGCUUUUUCAGCCACAACUGUUGCUGACAGGUGUAUACAAUCGAGCACACAGCCAUGCAAUCUCCAUAGACAAACAUUGGCCUAGAAUGGCCUUACUGAAGAGCUCAGUGACUUUCAACGUGGCACCGUCAUAGGAUGCCACCUUUCCGACAAGUCAGUUCGUCAAAUUUCUGCCUUGCUAGAGCUUCCCUGGUCAACUGUAAGUGCUGUUAUUGUGAAGUGGUAACGUCUAGAAGCAACAACAGCUAAGCCGCAAAGUGGUAGGCCACCAAGCUCACAGAACGGGACCGGCGAGUGCUGAAGCGCGUAGUGUGUAAGAAAUCGUCUGUCCUCGGUUGCAAUACUCACUACUGAGUUCCAAACUGCCUCUGGAAGCAACGUCAGCACAAUAACUGUUCGUUGGGAGCUUCAUGAAAUGGGUUUCCAUGGCCGAGCAGCCGCACACAAGCCUAAAAUAACCAUGCGCAACGCCAAGCGUCAGCUAGAGUGGUGUAAAGCUCGCAACCAUUGGACUCUGGAGCAGUGGAAACGCGUUCUCAGGAGUGAUGAAUCACGCUUCACCAUCUGGCAGUCCGACGGACAAAUCUGGGUUUGGCGGAUGCCAGGAGAAUGAUACCUGCCCCAAAGCAUAGUGCCAACUGUAAAGUUUGGUGGAGGAGGAAUAAUGGUCUGGGGCUGUUUUUCAUUGUUCGGACUAGGCCUCUUAGUUCCAGUGAAUGGAAAUCUUAACGCUACAGCAUACAAUGACAUUCUAGACGAUUCUGUGCUCCCAACUUCGUGGUAACAGUUUGGGGAAGGCCCUUUCAUGUUUCAGCAUGACAAUGCCACUGUGCACAAAGCGAGGUCCAUACCAAAAUGGUUGAGAUCGGUGUGGAAGAACUUGACUGGCCUGCACAGAGCCCUGACCUCAACCCCAUCGAACACCGUUGGGAUGAAUUGGAACGCCGACUGCGAGCCAGGCAUAAUCGCCCAACAUCAAUGCCCGACUUCACUAAUGAUCUUGUGGCUGAAUGUGGAUCUAGUGGAAAGCCUUCCCAGAAGAGUGGAGGCUGUUAUAGCAGCAAAGGGGGGACCAACUCCAUUUUAAUGCCCAUGAUUUUGGAAUGAGAUGUUCGAGCAGGUGUCCACAUACUUUUGGUCAUGUAGUGUAGCUCGGCCUUCUCCUUUUCAACUUCUCUUUGUUGACAUAUCAAUUGAGGUGUACCCAUUACAAGAUAUACCCAAGCUGUUAUUACCUUAUGUGAGAACCGUAGCCUACUUAUCAAUAUCAUGCAGUGUAUUCAUAUUUAACCAAUCACAAUCUACCCAUUUUAAAGUCAUACAUUAUUUUAUCCAGCCUAGUAGUGAAGUUAAUCUAGGUCUUAUACAAUUUUUAUCUGAGGUUUCUCGUGAAUGUACAAAGGCAGUCUCAGUCUAGUCUAGACUUUGCAUUUUAUGCAUUGACUCGGUCCGGAUUGUUUGCAUAUCAGUGUUGCUGAUCGUUUUAACAAAGAGAAGUGUGUGUUAACCAUGACUGAUUACAUGUGGAAGUCUAUGUGUGUCUGUGUCUUUCUGUGUUGUUUGUGUGUGUGCGAGUGCUCUUGUGUGGAUUGCUCCAUGCACAUGAGGCAAAUGCAGACAUUCCAGGAGUGAGUGGAAUAGCACAGGCCCACAGCUGCUGUACAGAGCUAGAGCUGCUCUGUGCUGUUUGUCACUGAAGCUGUCUGACUUCCUAGGCCUGCAAUGACUAGACUAGCUACAAUGCACUCUGCAUAGCACAACUGUUACUGUAUACUGAGCUAGUCAAGGAUGAAAAUGACCUUACCCCUGUGAAAAGUUUGAGGCUUCUUACACCACAUUAAACUUUCUCUCUCAGGAUAUAAAUUAUAUUUUUGAAAUAACAUGUGAUAUAUAUAUAUACAUAUAUAUUGCAUUUCCUUCUGUGACUCAAGUUUAACACCAGGUCCCUAGCCUCAAGCAAAUGAAUCCCUUUGUCUCAAGACGGGUCAACUAAGUUGAGUGAACUCUAAAACUUGCUCUACAAGCUCUAACACAACAGCAUCCAGAUAACCAAUGCCUCUUUCUCUUCUCUGGUCCUCUCCCCAGGUAGCCCUUUUCCUUUUUCCCCUCCCGUCUCCCCCAUCCACCCUGCACUGAUGUCGUCAUCCCCUGCGUCUGCCCCCUCGACAACGUCCCCCUCCACCCUCCACCCUCCCUUGGCUCUGGACUCCCUCUCCAUGUCCUCUCUCCUGUCCAGGGACCUGGAGGACGGGGCGGGGGACGGAGGGGGGGAUGAAGGUGGCCUGGGUGACCUGGAGGUGAACCCGUACGAUGGCUUGCCCUUCUCGUCACGCUACUACUUGCUGCUGGAGGAGAGGAAGAAGCUUCCUGUGUGGAGCCUCAAGUACCGCCUGCUGGAGCACCUGGAGACACACAGCAUGGUCGUGGUCAGCGCCCCCAGUGGCACAGGAAAGAGCACACAGGUAAGACACAUGCAUAAUACAUACAAACAUGCAUGCACACACAGAUACAUGGGCACACAUGAGCACUGGUGGUGAAGAGCCCAGAGAGAGAGCAAUGGCUGGGAAGGUGGGGAAACAUGGCAAACAUACAGGUAGACACACUCACAUUCACACUCAAACACACAUUGGUAUAGGGACCCUCCAAAUUUACUCAAUAUUCAGACACUGAGUACAGGCAGACAGACCACUGUACAAACUUAAGCAAGUAAGCACACAGGCUAUCAUACUGUACCCACUCUUACUUUGUGUUCAUAUCAGUCUUUCACUCUGUCUCCCUCCCUCUCUUUGUCUCUAUCUCUGUCCCUCACCUUCUCCCUCCAAGGUGCCCCAGUGGUGUGUGGAGUAUGCCCUGUCCCAUGAGCUCUCCCAGGGCUUGGUGUGUUGUUCCCAGCCCUACGCUGUGGCUGCAGCGAGUCUGGCCCUCAGAGUGGCUGAUGAGAUGGACCUGAGUCUGGGCCUGGAGGUGGGCUACUGUGUCCCCCACGACGAUGGCUGUACCCCCGAUACGCUACUCAGGUGAGGAGGGAGGUAGACACACAGGUGUGCAUGAAGAUUGGGGCAUUUGUAUGUACACACACAUACACAUAGGUACAAGCUUGGGUACACACGCAUCACACUAUCUGACGGCACGGUCCUUACUUCCUCCUUAUCUUCUUCUAACUCAAAUCAAAUCAAAUGUAUUUAUAAAGCCCUUUUUACUUCAGAAACCCAGCCUAAAAUCCCAAACAGCAAUCAGAUGUAGAAGCACAGUGGUUUGUCUGACUGGUUUGUCCACCCUCCUUUCUGCUCUCUGUCUCCCCCUGAGGUUUAUACAAGUGCAAUACAAUCGGAUUAAAGGUGCAAUAUGCAUAAAUCGCUCCGCCAUUUCCUGGUUGCAAAAAUUCUAAUAGUUUGCCUAAUUUCAGUUUAUGUGACAAAACAAGUGUAGAGAGUCAUUGUACCAUCUAAACCGCUGUGAAAUAUUUUUUUAAUAACCAAAAAUAUUGUAUUUUCAGCUGUUUGAAGCUGGUGUACAAAAACGAAACUUAAAGCUGCAAUAUGUAACUUUUUGGGCGACAUGACCAAAUUCACAUAGAAAUAAAUGUGUGUUAUAGAUCUGUCAUUCUCAUUGAAAGCAGGUCUAAGAAGUGGUAGAUCUGUUCUAUGUGCGCUAUUUCUAUGCUUCCCAUUCUUAAAUUUCAUUUUUGCGUCUUUUACUUUCGGUUUUUGUACACCAGCUUCAAACAGCUGAAAAUACAAUAUUUUUGGUUAUGAAAAAUAUAUUUCACAGUGGUUUAGAUGGUACAAUGAUUCUCUACACAUGAGUUUCCCAAACUCGGUACUGGGGACCCCCCUGGGUGCCCAUUUUGGUUUUUGCCCUAGCACUACACAGCUGAUUUAAAUAUCAAACUCAUCAUCAUGCUUUGAUUAUUUGAAUCAGCUGUGUAGUGCUAGGGCAAAAACCAAAACUUGCACCCUGGGGAGGGCCCCAGGACCGAGUUUGGGAAACCGUGCUCUACACUAUACUUGCUUGUUUUGUCAUAUAAACUUCUGCAUAGAAGUGAUUUCUGCAUAGAGCGAUUUCUGCAUAGUGCAUCUUUAAGAUUGGGAAGCAUAGAAAUAGCACACAUAGAACAGAUCUACCACUUCUGUGUAAGAAUGAAAAUGUAAUGAGAAUGACAGAUCUAUAACUCGCAUUUCCAAAAAAAAAAAGUUCCAUAUUGCAGCUUUAAGGGGUGGGUUUGUUUCUCUCCAUGAUCUCUCUAUCCCCUCUCAUCCUCUCUCUCCCCCACCCUCUCUCAGGUUCGUCAGUGACUCUCUGCUCCUAGGAGAGAUGAUGUCGGACCCCCUGCUGCGUCAGUACGGGGUGCUGGUUGUGGACGAGGUGCAGGAGCGCACGGUGCCCACCGACGUCCUCCUGGGCCUGCUGCGGGACGUGUGCGGCCAGCGCCCCGACAACCUCCGCGUGGUCCUGCUCACCGACCCCUCCCUCGCCCCCAGCCUUGCAACCUUCCUGUGUGAAGGAGUUCCAUUUCUAACGCUGGAUGAGCCUGUCGGAGGUACACCCGACACAGAGAUGAGGAUGAGACCACUGGUUGUCGUGGAAACGGUGUACAGGGAUCCUGGAGGGAGGGAGUCGGCGGCGGCGGCGUGUCACAUGGUGUUGGAUCUCCACCGCAGGGGGGAGGAGGGGGAUGUAAUGGUCUUUCUCCCUAGCGCCCAGGUAGAUGCGCGCACACACACACACUACACACUAUACUAAAUAUAUACAGCUAAUCUCAUUAACUACUGGGGCUGUUUUUAGCCUUACAGAUCAGUAGACAGUAGAUGCCCAGUAGGCCUACUGCUGGUACAGAGAGAUGGCUCAGUGGGUUACGUUUGGUCGGGUUAGUUAGGGUAGUUAGGGCUAGUUAGGGUAGAUGGGGUUAGUUAGGGUUAGUCGGGUGCAUGCAACAGCAGAGUUGUGGUAUUACUUCCUGCACGAUGUAAGUCGUUUUGGAUAAAAGUGACUGCUAAAUGAACUUCCUUUCUAUAAUAAUAAUAAUAAUAUGCCAUUUAGCAGACGCUUUUAUCCAAAGCUACUUACAGUCAUGCUUGCAUACAUUUUUGUGUAUGGGUGGUCCCGGGGAUCGAACCCACUACCCUGGCGUUACAAGUGCCGUGCUCUACCAGCUGAGCUACAGAGGACCUAUCCCAUAUCUUCUUGUCUGUUUCUGAUAGAAGAAAGUCUAUCUGAAAAUCCCUAUUGAACUGAGUCUUAUUUCUUAAUGCUUUGUUGUGCUGUGUUUUGUAAUAUGCCAUCCUCUUCCUUGUCUGUUGUUGCCUCUCACGCUGGGGACAGAGAAACGGGGACACUGUAACCUUAGACUGCUGAAUGGCAUCAGUCUGUAUCAGGUGUCCUGGUUAAUGCAUCCAGAACACACACACACACACAGAUUGAUAGAUAAAUAGCCCCAUCAUAUUCACAUACACCUCUCACAUACACACUUCCACUAUGUCAACAUCACCACACCCUAGCUCCUCGCCUCAUUCCCGGCUAUGGAUUCAAAUCCGGAGGCAGACCUGGACUUAAGUACAGUAGUUGACACCAUGGCUGCAAAACACAGAGCUAGCUAGCCAGCCAGGAGAACUGAUCUGGUUAAGGCUCAUUAGAAGAGCCACAGUAAACAGAGUACUGUUUGCCAAGUCUCAACUCAGAUCAAACUAAACCAUGUGUUUAGGGAGAGGGAGAGAGGGCGAGAGAGAGGGGGUGAGACAUGAGAAAGGAGCAGGAGAAUGGGCACUCCUGCGUCGUCUUGGCUGUGUGCUUAGUGUCGUUGUCCUGUUGGAAGGUGAACCUUCGCCCUAGUCUGAGGUCCUGAGCGUUCUGGAGCAGGUUUUCAUCAAGGAUCUCUCUGUACUUUGCUCCGUUCAUCUUUCCCUCAAUCCUGACUAGUCUCCCAGUCCCUGCUGCUGAAAAACAUCCCCACAGUAUGAUGCUGCCACCACCAUGCUUCACCGUAGGGAUGGUGCCAGGUUUCCUCCAGACGUGGUGCUUGGCGUUCAGGCCAAAGAGUUUAAUCUUGGUUUCAUCAGACCAGAGAAUCUUGUUUCUCAUGGUCUGAGAGUCUUUAGGUGCCUUUUGGCAAACUCCAAGCGGGCUGUCAUGUGCCUUUUACUGAGGAGUGGCUUCCGUCUGGCCACUCUACCAUAAAGGCCUGAUUGGUGGAGUGCUGCAGAGAUGGUUGUCCUUCUGGAAGCUCUGUCAGAGUGACCAUCGGGUUCUUGGUCACCUCCCUGACCAAAGCCCUUCUCCCCUGAUUGCUCAGUUUGGCUGGACGGCCAGCUCUAGGAAGAGUCUAGGUGGUUCCAAACUUCUUCCAUUUAAGAAUGAUGGAGGCCACUGUGUUCUUGGGGACCUUCAAUGCUGCAGACAUUCUUUGGUACCCUUCCCCAGAUCUGUGCCUUGACACAAUCCUGUCUUGGAGCUCUACGGACAAUUGCCUUGGUUUUUGCUCUGACAUGCAAUGUCAACUGUGGGACCUUAUAUAGACAGAUGUGUGCCUUUCCAAAUCAGGUCCAAUCAAUAGAAUUUACCACAGGUGGACUCCAAUCAAGUUGUAGAAAAAUCUCAAGGAUUAUCAAUGGAAACAGGAUGCACCUGAGCUCAAUUUCGAGUCUCAUAGCAAAGGGUCUGAAUACUUAUGAAAUAAGGUAUUUCUGUUUUUUAUUUUUAAUACAUUUGCAAAAAUGUCUAAAAACCUGUUUUGUGUGUAGAUUGAUGAGGGGAUAAAAAAAUACAUCAAUUUUAGAAUGAGGCUGUAAUAUAACAAAAUGUGGGAAAAGGGAAGGAGACUGAAUAUUUUCCGAAUGCACUGUAUAAUACCAACCAUCUCUCGCUCUGUUUCUCAGGAGAUAGACGAGUGUGGCUUUCUGCUGGAGAAGGAGUCUGUGGCCCUGAGUCCUCAGCUUGGGCCCCUCAGAGUUCUACACCUCCAUACAGGCCUUGGAGGGGCCACCCAGCGCAUCUACGAACCUGAGCCAGAGGGGCCUUCUGGUGACACGGAGGGGUCUGAAGGACUGGAAGGGCCAGGGAUAGGGUUGGGAAUGGGAGUGAGGCGCAGGGUCAUCCUCACAGACACCCUGGGGGAGGCCUCCUUCUCUCUAUCUGGAGUGCGCUACGUCAUAGACACAGGCAUGCAACUUAAGACAGUGAGUACUCAAUUAUCAGAGGUGGGAGGGAGAAGGAGUGUGUGUUGCACUAUCCGACACAGUGGGCUCAUCUCCAUUGUCAAAUGUGGCAAUGCUACAAUGCCGCAUAACCUCAACAAACUAUUGAGGUGUACCGAGUCCCAGUGCCAUGCAUAACCUCCCACUCUUUCUGCCUCCGUGUCAUAGGUUUACAACCCUCAAAUCAGAGCGGACUCACAGGUCAUGUGUCCAAUCAGCCGGCACCAGGCAGACAUGCGGACGCAGAGGGUAAACAGUGACCUACCAGGUAUGUUAGGGUCAAUCAAUCUGUUUUAAGAAAUCAUCAUGGACUGUGGUGUUUUUCUAAUUUAAGAGAAGGGACAUACAUAGCUGUUACAGGCCAACUAUCCUCUCUCCAUGUAUUCUUCUGACCCCUCUCCUGUCCCUCCAGGUCUGUGUUUCCGUCUGUACCCCCAGGCUCUGUAUGCGGAGGGCAUGGAAGAGGCCCGCAGCCCGGGGGUGAUGGAGGAGAACCUCAGCCACCUGGUGCUGCUGCUCAAGAGGCUGGACAUCGCUGACAUGGGCCAGUGCAAGUUCCUGGACAGGCCUGGUAAGGAGGGCCACACAUCAUCUAGCUAGUUCAGCCUUGCUGUCUCCUUUGAAUGAAUGAAGUGCACCUUGCAUUCAUGGGAGUUUGUGUUUUCUAGGUACCUUCUAUUUUGUGAUAUCAGACAGAAUAUAAAUAUAAUCUCUUCCCGUAUCCCUCAAUUUCUUCAAUCCAUCCCUCUCUAUUUUAUUCUCUCUCUCUUUUAUCCCCCCCCCCCCCUCUCCCAGCUCCUGAGGCUCUGAUGCAGGCUCUAGAGGACCUAGACUACCUGGCAGCGCUGGAUGAUGAUGGGAACCUGUCUGAAGUGGGCAUCAUUAUGUCAGAGCUGCCCCUGGAGCCUUCGCUGGCCAAGGCCCUCAUCGCUGCCUGCGAGUUUGACUGUGUCAACGAGCUGCUCACCAUCGCCGCCAUGCUCACAGGUACACACGGCAGACUCUCUCACACACACACUACACUCGCUACAAUGACCAAGGUGCUAAUUACUGGCUGUAAAAUGUGCCUUUACUCAUAGCUUCCCUUUUUUACGUGCCUUUCAGAAUAUUGUUUUGUUUCUAUAACUUUGACUUUUUGUUUUUUAACAGUCAUUCAUUUAAAUUCUCUACCUGUGCGUGUUCCCAGCUCCCUCCUGCUUUGUGACCCCCCCACCCCAGAGAGAGGAGGCAGCAGCCACUCACAGACGUCCACUGUUGCACAAUGAGGGAGACCACUUCACCCUCAUCAACAUCUACAACGCGUAUAUACAGCGUGAGUCCUAUAUACUACUACACACACACAGCUGCAAUGUACAGGAGGUUUGGUUUAUGCGCACAAACACACACGCACACGAACAUCAACUUAUAGUAAUACACAUAUGGGCACGACAUGCAUUUUACACAGUUCUCCUCCUGAAUAUUAAUCUGUGUGUUUAUCUGAUUGCUCUUUUAGACAAUGAGGAUGAUGCCUGGUGUACUACCAACUUCCUGAACCCCGCUGCAUUACGAUUGGCUGUGAUGAUUAGGGCGGAGCUGCUGGAGGUGAUGCAGCGAAUAGAGUUGCCCGUCUCGCCUCCUGCCUUUGGUUGCCAAGACAACUGCACUAAUAUCAAGCGUGCGCUCAUCUCAGGGUUCUUCCUCAAGGUAAAAGGACUCAUCAGUUCAAUUCUCCAUUGAAGAUUAGUUUGUUCGUUUGUUUAUGUUGUGUAUCUGAAAUAAGACGGGGAAAUAUAUAGACCCUAACCUCUCUCUCCUCCCCCCUAUUUGUCUUUACCUUACUGUCUUUCUCAAUUUUCAUAUUUUCUUCUUACUUUCCAUUCUGGUGUCUCUCUGCCUUCCCCCACUCGGUCUAUCCUGCUCUUUCUAUAUUUGUUUCUCUCUAUCUUGUUGCGUUUCCUCUUCUCCCUUCCCCUGUCUCGUUCUCAGGUGGCUCAUGAUGUGGACGGCUCAGGUAACUACCUCCUGUUGACUCACCGUCACGUGGCUCACCUCCACCCCUUCUCCUCCUAUCUGUGUCGCCGGCCGCGCUCCAACCCCCCCUCCUGGGUGCUCUACCACGAAUUUACCAUCUCCCACGACAACUGUGUCCGCACCGCCUCCGAAGUGCAUCCCCACAUGUGAGUAACCCCACAUUUUUUUUGGUGAACUUUUGUUGUAGAUAGUAAGUAUGUAAUGUACACAGUAACCCUGAACAUCUUUAGGCCAUCUACAUAAUGGCGACUUUGCUUCCUUUUGGAAUACUAGUUCUUUGAUUUGACAGUUCAGUAAACUGUACUAUCUGUCAGAAGAUAGUGGGUGCAUUCCAGGUCGUCAUGCUGCACAGAUGAUCAGAUCGCACAACAACAAGCAUUAAACUUCUCCGGAACCAUGUUAAUAUGGUAUAGAAGUCUUCUGACGUGCACAUGUCAUUACAUUGAGGUAAACUAGGCAUUUAAGGAACAUCAUGGCCCGGUCCUAGAUGACUUUGUAGAGUGGUGUGAGGAAUCACACUUGGUCCUCAAUACUAACAAGACCAAAGAGAUGUGCAUAGACUUCAGGAAGCGUACAACACCUACCUCUGCAACAUCUAUCAGAGGCCAGAAUAUAGAAAUUGUAGAGGAAUAUAAAUAUCUGGGUGUCUUUUUGGACAGUAAGCUUCAGUGGAGUAAAUGUACAGACCAGAUCUACAAAAAGAGCCAACAGAGACUGUACUUUCUAAAAAAGUUGGGUUAUUUUAAUAUAGACUGUACUAUAUUGACUCUGUUUUACAAAUCCUUUAUUGAGAGUAUUUUAACUUUUUGUAUUGUUUGUUGGUUUGGCAAUGCCACUGUCAGUCAGAGAAACAUGCUGAGAAGGAUUAUUACCACAGCAAGUAAGGUACUUGGAGUCAAACAGACAGGCCUGGAUGAGAUCUUUAAGGUCAGGGCCCUCCGUAAGGCUCACAAAAUCAUUUUAGACCCAAGUCACCCCCUGUACCUGGACUUUGAAUUACUCCCCUCUGGGCGUAGGUAUAGGGCACCCCUCAGCAGGAAAAAUAGAACGAGACAAUCAUUUGUGCCAGGUGUGAUAUCCCUCUUAAAUAGCUCGGGCAAAUGUUCCCAUUGACCCCGUAAGGCCAGCAGGCUAGUCUUUGUUUUAAAUGUUUUAAAUGUUUUAUUUCUUAUUUCUUACUUUUAUUGGUGCGUGACUGUUAUUGAAAGUUGUAUUGUCAAUCUUGUUUUGUAUUUAACGCCACUUUAAAUGUGUACAUGACACUGCAACAAAAUUUCCCCAUGGGGACAAUAAAGUAAGUAAGUAAGUAAGUGCAUUACUUUUAUGGAACCUUUUCCCCUGACUGUUUCCUGUGGGAAGGUUGGUGGAGCUGGCCCCUCAGUACUACCUGGGCAACCUGCCAUCCAGCGAGGGACGGGACCAGCUGAUGGAGCUGAGACAGAGUCUGCUCCCCACAGAGGAGGAACAGGAGAGGGGGCCGGAGGGGACUUACGACACACGUCACAUUGAGGAACACUUAGACAGGACCGCAGAUCCAUGUAAUCAGGACAGCACUGAGCUGUGUGUCAUACAGUGACGGGAACGGAGUUGGUGACCAAAAGCAUAACCAAGGGAGGUGAACCUGAGAGGGAGGACAUGGAUGCACUAUGCACUUUCAAAGUGCUACAAGGAACACACUACAGAACUGUGCUGUACUGUUGCAUGGACAGCUGAUGAGGGAGAGAAUGUACAGUACACUAUCCAGCCAUACACAGCUAUAUGGAAGCAGUUGUUUACAUCGGAGUGAAUAGGGCCCACCUACAGGUGUUAGUGAAAUAUUUCUCAAAUGAGAUUAAAUGCAUUUUUGGCACAUUAAAAUGUUUGAGACUGAACCUGCAGAGUUCCUAUAAAAAACGGAAUACUGGUACGCAAAGUAAUAUACAGUGUAUUCGGAAAGGUUUCAGACCACUUGACUUUUUCCA